AAAUUAAUAUGCCCGAAAAAUAAAUCCGAAAAUCUCCAUUCCUCCUCCGCCUUCCCCAUUGAUCCCCUUCUCCUCUCUCCUCUCCUCUUCCCUCUCUCGUUUCCCAAAUCACCAGCGAGCCAUGGCGCCUCCUCCCCUCCCGUCGCCGCCCCUGACUGGCUGACCCCACCCCCUCUCUCUCCCUGCCACCUGGGCCCCACCACCUUGCCCUUCCCCUCGCCCCCAAAUCCCCAAAUCCCCCGAGGGAAGAGGAGGGAAUUGGUUGGCUGACCAAUCGGCCGAUCCGCCGCCGCCGGUCUCUCAAUCCGCCGCUGCCGCCAUGUUCAACAAGAUCAUCAAGCGGGGCGCCCGCAAGGGCGCGCGGGGGGACGGGGCGGAGCCCGCGGCGCGCCCCGCGGCGCCCUCGUCGUCCUCCGGGGGCGGGGGCGGAGGUGGCGGUGCGGGGGGGCCAGCGCCCGUCACCGUCAACCACUCCUCCAGGGCCUCCGCGCCGUCGCCAUCUUCGCCGACCUCGCCGCACCUGGCGCCGGCCGCGUUCGCGGCCAACCAGGCGGCGGGGGUGGCGUCACACCCCUCGCCGCCGCUCCUCGAGCCGCUCCCGCUCCUCCGUGACGUCGCCGCCGCCGACCGUCCGGGGCUCCUCCUCCGCAAGCUCCGCCUCGUCGCCGCGCUCUUCGACUUCUCCGACUCUCUCAAGCACCCGCGGGAGAAGGAGGCCAAGCGCCAGGCGCUCCUCGAGCUCGUCGACUACGUGCAGGCCCCCGCGCAGACCGCGGGCGCCAACGCGCCUGCGCGCCUCCCGGACCACGUCCAAGAGGCACUCAUCGCCGCCAUCUCCGCCAACAUCUUCCGCCCGCUGCCCCCGGCGCUGCACGAGUGUGCCGCCGCGAUCGACCCCGGAGCCGCACCCGACGAGGAGGAGGAGCCCUACCUCGACCCAGCCUGGCCGCACCUCCAGCUCGUCUAUGAGCUCCUGCUCCGGUAUGUGGUGUCGCCCGACACCGACACCAAGGUCGCCAAGCGGUACGUGGACCACGCCUUCGUUCUCCGCCUCCUUGACCUCUUUGACUCCGAGGAUCCCCGCGAGCGCGAGUACCUCAAGACCGUGCUCCACCGCAUCUAUGGCAAGUUCAUGGUACACCGCCCCUUCAUCCGCAAGGCCAUCAACAAUGUGUUCUACCGGUUCAUCUUCGAGACGCAGCGCCACAAUGGCAUAGGGGAGCUCCUUGAGAUCCUUGGGAGCAUCAUUAAUGGCUUUGCCCUGCCAAUGAAGGAGGAACACAAGCUGUUCCUUGCCCGGGCGCUCAUCCCACUGCAUAAGCCCAAGUCUGUCGCAAUCUACCACCAGCAGCUGUCAUAUUGCAUUGUCCAGUUCGUUGAGAAGGACUACAAACUAGCGGACACCGUGAUCAGAGGGCUGCUCAAAUACUGGCCGGUCACAAAUUGCCAGAAGGAGGUGCUGUUUCUGGGGGAGCUUGAAGAAGUACUCGAGGCGACACAGCCUGCCGAAUUCCAGCGGUGCAUGGUGCCACUGUUUAAGCAGAUUGGGCGCUGCCUUAACAGCUCUCAUUUCCAGGUUGCUGAGCGGGCCUUGUUCUUGUGGAACAAUGAUCACAUUGUAAGCUUGAUAGCCCAAAAUCGUGGUGCUAUAUUUCCAAUCAUAUUUGAAGCUCUUGAGAGGAAUAUUCAGAGUCACUGGAAUCAAGCCGUUCAUGGUCUCACUGCAAAUGUGCGAAAGAUGUUUUUGGACAUGGACAGUGAGCUAUUUGAAGAGUGCCAGCAGCAGUACAUGGAGAAACAAGCAAAAGCCAAAGAGAUGCAGGAGCAACGAGAAUCUGCAUGGAGACAAUUGGAAGCUGUUGUUGCGGCCAAGGCUGCUGGAGAUGACAUGGUUUUGGUGAACUAGAUGAUUGUUGCUCACUAUCCCACGAACAUCCAUGUGCAUCUGUCGACAAGAUAUCGAUGCCAGCUGCAGUGUGCUCAUAACCACAUUGAUGACUUGGGAUUAAAAGGUCAGUGUUCCUUGGAUUGGGAAAAAAUGCCGACAGAAUUCAAACACGAUGAUGGUAGCAAAGGCUAAUUCUUCCAGAGUCGCUAUGCCUAAUGAGGUCCUGCUAUGUUGUCCUUCCUUUGUCCAGUCCCUCCCUUUCUGUUUUGUUAACUUAGGAAUAAUCGGACACUUGUAUUAGUGCUUCAUUGCUUGCCCGAGUUCUCUGCCCACAAUUGGGAAAAUGGUAGUAGAAAAUGACUGAGCUAGAUGUAAGCCUUUUCUUUUCCUCCCUUCUCUCCUUGGAGUUAUUUCAGUUCAUCAAGUUGUAUGGAAGUAACAUCACUGCCAAAGAUAAAAGCUCAUUUAAUUUAGUGUGUGGUAUGAUAGCAAUAAAAUGGCUCAUGAGUAGGAA